AUGUCUCCUGUACGACUCCCUUCAACUGUUUUAGACAUUUGCAGGUCACUUAGGCAUCGCCGUGCUCUCUCAUCGCGACAUCCGGCGCGUGGCGAUCAUCAAGUCGCACAGGACCAUGAACUCAAACUGCCGAAAAUCGGCUCACUGGUCAUCGUGUUAUCGGCCAGCGCGCUCCUUCAGGUUUCUUUCUUCAUCAUCGUUUCUUCGUCCAAUGAAUAUGCUCAGCAUCUGGGCGGAACUUCGACAUUCUCUGGUCUUGUCAUAGGCAUUCCAACGGUUUUCUCUGGAUUAGCGCUCCUACCUCUUAUGAAGGUUGACCAAGGUCGAUACAAACGUCCACUCCAUUUCGCAUGCGGAUCUGCCAUGAUUGGGAGCAUCCUGUAUAGCCUGGCAUAUAAGGCGAACUUCCUGUAUUUGAUUCUUAUCGGACGGAUUGUCUCCGGCUUCGGGUUCACCUUCUGGAUGUACUCGAAACGUUACUGUUCGGAUCCCCGUAUAGUCGGCAUCCGUAGAAGAACCACUUUGGCAGGUUGGCUAGUCCUUGGCCAGGGCGCAGGCUUCAGUAUCGGACCGUUCAUCGGUGGUCUGUUGUACCGAGUUGGUUUUUCUAACUCAGUGUUCAAUGGCUACACUAGUCCGACUUGGAUCAUGGCCAUUAUAUGGGCUGUAUUUUGGGCCGUAGCUGCAGUUGUGUACGAGGACGUCCCGAUCACACCAUCAGCACCUUCAGCUAUCGAACUUGCACCGGUUUUGACGAAUUUGCAACCCGGUGUUGGAGUUUCCGGCUCAGCAGACCUUCAACAAGACACAGGGCCUUCGGUGAAGCAAGAAGAAGAGAUUACGGUUGUAUUUGCUCCCACGACCGAGCUAGAGACGAUCCCCCUUCAGACAGAGGAACCGCGUGUCCGCAUGAGCUUGCCGCAGUGGGGUGUGACCGCUACCAUGUGCUGGUUCGCGAUGACAUGCUUCUUCAUCCUGGGUGCUUGGGAGGCCAACAUCCCCGUCUUCACCGCGAUGCAUUCGGCUCUAUCUCCCUUCCAGUUCUCCCCUUAUGCCGCUGGAAACCUGAUCGCCCUGGGCGGUAUCUGCACUAUUCCCUUCCUGUUGCUAAAUGUCUUCUUCGCGCGCCGCGUGCAGGACCGUCACACGCUGGCGAUAGGCACCUCACUGGGGCUUGUCGGGCUCAUCAUCACCAUCGCGAUUUUCUCCACGCGGAAAGUGAACUACGGCAGUCUCUUCGUGUGCUGGUUCCUCAUAGCUCUCGGGUUCAACCUCGCCAGUACGGUCACACUCAGCCUGCUAUCGAAGCAGCUGCCCGGGGAUUGGAACGCCAAGAUCAGCCUAGCGAUCCAGUACAGUAACUAUACCGGUCGCGUCACCGGUGCUGUCUGGGGCGGCUCAGGGGUGACGGUAGGAAUGCUCAACUAUGUUGGAUUGCAGAUCGCGGUGGUCGGGAUCGGAGCAGUGAUGUUUUUAACGUUGUGGAAGAAUCUCAAGGCCAAAACUGGCUGA